AUGGUGGGAAGCCUGGAUCCACAUGCUCCUCCUGGCAAAGAGUUCGCCAUCAAUGAGGAGAGAAUCCAGUGGCAUAAAGGUUUCGUUCAGGUGCCUCCUUCCUCUCUGUGUAAUGCCAAGUGUUCUCCUGGCUACAGCAAGAAAAAGAAGGAAGGGAUGGCCUUCUGUUGCUAUGAUUGUGCUCCAUGUCCUGAAGGGAAGGUUGCAAAACAGACAGACAGGGACUAUUGCAUCAGCUGCCCAGAAGAUGACUAUCCAAAUCGUGGGAGAGACCAUUGUAUUCCCAAAGUUCAGACUUUCCUUUCCAUUGAGGAAUCAUUGGGCCUCACUUUAGCUUCGUUGUCUCUUUUCCUUUCUGUGUUGACGGCAUUCGUGCUUGCCAUCUUCAUUAAGCAACGACACACUCCCAUCGUCAAAGCCAACAACCGGGGCCUUAGCUACUUACUCCUCACAUCUCUGUGUCUUUGCUUCCUUAGCUCCUUGCUAUUCAUUGGAAAGCCCAAUCACUUGACUUGCCUCCUACGUCAAAUGGCAUUUGGCAUCAUCUUCUCCAUUGCGGUGUCUUCUGUUCUGGCCAAAACCACGGUCGUGGUUGUGGCUUUCAUGGGUUCCCAGUCAAGGAACAUUUUCCGCAAAUGGAUUGGGAAAAGAAUGGCAUAUUCUGUGGUCUUGGGAUGUUCCCUUGUUCAGGUCGGCAUUUGUGCUGCUUGGUUGGCGUAUUCCCCUCCCUUCCCAGACUUCAACAAACAUUUGAUCACAGAGGAAAUUGUUGUGGAGUGUAACGAAGGCUCCGUCACCAUGUUCUACUGCGUCUUGAGCUACAUGGGCUUCCUUUCCUUCGUCAGCUUCACGGUGGCUUUCCUGGCCAGGAAGUUGCCUGACAGUUUCAAUGAAGCCAAGUUCAUCACCUUCAGCAUGUUGGUCUUCUGCAGUGUUUGGGUGUCCUUUGUCCCAACUUACCUCAGCACCAAAGGGAAAUAUAUGGUAGCCGUGGAAGUCUUUUCCAUUUUGUCUUCUGGGGCUGGACUGUUGGUUUGCAUUUUCUCCCCCAAAUGCUACAUUAUAUUGUUGAAGUCCGAUUUGAACAACAGGGAGCAGCUAAUAAGAAGGAAACAAAAUUCUAACAUCUAACAUUCAUCCUACUUGCUCUGUUGUUAGCUCCAAAGUAUUUUUUUUUCAUAUGUUCAAACAUUUCUGGCAUGAGAUAUCACAAUCCUUUCUUAGACUACUCCAUGGAAAGAUUCCCAUUAGUGACUUCUCUGAAGUCGUAGAUCAUAGAGUUGGAAGAAACCCCUGAAGACCACCCAUUUCAACCCUAUUCUGCAGGAACCCACAAUCUAACCAUUCCCAGCAGAUGGCCAUCCAGCCUCUUUUUUAAAACCUCCAAAUAAAGAGAAGCCACUACAUUCUGGGGCAGUGAAUUCCACUGACAAACAGUUCUUACCUAACAACUCUGUUCACAUAUUUAGAUUAAUGGAUUUUAAUAUACUACUAAGUAUUCCAUUACAAUUUGAGUAUCUCUCAUCAAAAAAUCUAAAAUACUUCAGGUAGGGUAUGGUAAAAUGGUGGAGUAACAGGUUGCCUUUAUCCAGGGUAGAGGAUUAUUAUUAUUAUUAUUAUUAUUAUUAAUUUGUAUUCCACCCUCUCUCCCUGAGGGGACCCAGGGCAGGUUACAACAAAAAAAUGGCAAGCAUUCAAAGACAAAUGCAUACAUAAUUACAAAUACAGAAACAAACCAAUCAGAUCCAAAAAGAAGCAACAACUACAACAAAAUUAUAACAUAAAUAAUGACAUAACCUACCAAUUAAUUUACAUCUUACAUUAAAAAAUUAAGCAUAACCCCCUGUUCGGGCACACACCGGUCAAAUGACAAUCGUUUUCUUGGCACAUUAAAAUCUGAGGCAGUUUCACUUGGCAUCUUUCUUAUUUGCAUCCAGCAACCCAAGCUGUUCAAAAGGAGGAGCUGGAGUUCAGAAGGCAUAAAACCUGGAAGAGAAGUCCAUGCACAAUCAGAGAAGUCGAUGAGAUUGACAAAAAACAACGCAUUUAUCAGGUUUUAAUGAAGAUAACUUUUUGAAGAGUACCUCUGUUUCACAUUUCUGCCUGCUGGUCAUUUUUCACCCUUCAGAAACUCUCUGUUCAUCUGGGUUGUUUUUAUUUUUAAUAUAUGUAUUUUAAUGGUCUACUGUUGUAUUUAUGUAUUUAACUAUGUUGUGCCCUAACUGAAGUCAUAAGAAGAGGUGGGUAACAAAUAAAUACUGCUGCUGUUGUUAACCACUCUCAGCCACAAAAAUAAUGAUAUGAUCGUUUUUGCUGAAGUUGUCGUGAGAUAUUGAAAUUUCCCAGAUCUGUUCCAAACAUUGGCUAGAGACAGGAGAUAUUUUCAGUGAGCAUAUUGAACCCAUACUAAAGUCACUCCACAGACUGCCGAUUAGUUUCUGGGCAAAGUAUAAGGUGUUGGUUUUGACCUUUAAGGCCAUACAUGGUUUGGGUCCAGAUUCCUAAAGGAUCACUUUCUCCCAUAGUCUUAAUGCCUAGGUCCUCUGGGCAACGUCUACUCCAAACAGCCAGAAACAAACUGAAAACCAUCACUUUUCAUCAACCAUCACAAGACUGUGGAACAACCUCCCGGAAGAGCUCCAACAGCUAAAUGACCUGUUGAAAUUUAAAACAUCUAAAGAACUAUCCUUUCCGGCAAGCCUGUCCAGCCAAUUUUAAUCCUGAAUUUUAAGCUUGUAUCCUGUUUUAAUCUUUGUUCUGUGUAUUUUAACAUGUACUUUAUAGAAAGUUUUAAUAUGUAUCUUUUAUAGACAUACAUUUAAUAUAUGUAUUUAUAGGAUCUUAACAAUGGUUAUGAGUUUUAACUAUGUUGCAACCCAACUCAAGCCAGAAGGAGAAAUGGAUAAGAAAUAAAAUAAUAUUUAUUAUUA